CGUCAGCAACACGCGCCCCAGCCGUCCACCUGGCCUGAGAGUUUCUCGCUUCUAGUUUCUCUGCUGUCCUGCCUCCCGGUAGUGACUGUUGUCCAGGCCUGGAGGCCCACGGCGUCACGUGCUCGAGGACAUGUCGAUGCUGGCUGAGCGUCGACGGAAGCAGAAAUGGGCCGUGGACCCAAGAAACACAGCAUGGAGUAAUGAUGACUCCAAGUUUGGCCAGAGGAUGCUGGAGAAGAUGGGCUGGUCUAAAGGAAAGGGUUUGGGGGCUCAGGAACAGGGAGCCAUAGAUCAUAUUAAAGUUCAAGUUAAAAAUAACCACCUGGGACUUGGAGCAACGAUCAAUAAUGAAGACAACUGGAUUGCUCAUCAAGAUGAUUUUAACCAGCUUCUGGCUGAACUGAACACUUGCCAUGGGCAGGAAGCAGCAGACUCCUCAGACAACAAGGAAAAGAAAUCUUUCAGCCUUGAGGAAAAAUCCAAAAUCUCCAAAAACCGUGUUCAUUAUAUGAAAUUCACAAAAGGGAAGGAUCUAUCAUCUCGGAGCAAAACAGAUCUUGAUUGCAUUUUUGGGAAAAGACAGAGUAAGAAGACUUCCAAGGAUGAGUCCAGCACCACCACUUCAGACACGAAUGAUACCUCCAUGACCACAACCAGUGCCUUUACCAUCCAGGAGUAUUUUGCAAACCAGAUGGCCAAGCUGAAGAACAAGCCACAGUCCCUAGAUCUGGGGCCUGAUUUCGCAGAGACCCAAAUAGAAUGGAAAAAUGAAAAGAAAAGAAACAAAGACACAACAGGUAAAAGUAUAGAGAAUUACCCCCAACCCAAGGCUAAGCAGUCUAAAAAGGAGAAGCCAGAGGAAGAAGAGAAGAACUAUAAGCUUAUAGCCAAGAAGAAGAGAAACCACGCCGAGCUGCAGCCUGGAGGUCCCCUCCAGGAGGAGAGUUACAAUGCUUCAAAUGAGGGGGCAGAGGACUGUGUGGGGCCGCCCGAUGGCCAUGAUUUUACACUGAAAGCCAAAAAAAAGAGACAAAAGAAAAAAUUGCAAGAGCUGGUGGAGGUAGCAGUGGACUCUACACCAGAUGAAACACCAGUGAAAAAGAAGAAGAAAAAGAAGAAAGGUUCCAAGUGAGUUCUCCCGAGCCAGGGCCUUCCAGCCAUGCUGCUGUCAGGGUGCUGCUUGGGCAAGCACCCAUGGCCCGGAGUCAGAGCAGAGUUAACCCCAGAUGGUUUGUGCACAUCUUUGAACAUGCCCACGGCUGCCGAGUCUCGCCCUCUCACCACAUUUUCCCCAAGUCAUAUUCCCAGGAGAACUGUUUUUAAUAUUCUAAAUCAUGACUUUCAGAAACAAAUAAAUUUCUUUUAAAGCUCUGA